CCGAGACCUGCGACCAUGCUGCUGGACCGAUUUCGGGCGCAACUGAGCGCAGUGGCCUGUGGGCUCCUACUGCUUCUCAUUCAGGGCCAGGGCCAGGACUCUGCCAAUCCCAUCCGGACCACACACACGGGACAGGUGCUGGGGAGUCUUGUCCACGUGAAGGGCGCUGAUGUGGGGGUCCACACCUUCCUGGGAAUUCCCUUUGCCAAGCCACCUAUAGGUCUGCUGCGAUUUGCACCCCCUGAACCCCCUGAAUCUUGGAGUGGUGUGAGGGAUGCAACCGCCCAUCCGGCCAUGUGUCUGCAGAACCCCACUGUACUGGAUUCAGAGGUUAUAAACCAAGUCAAUGUGACCAUCCCCUCCAUUUCCAUAUCCGAGGACUGCUUGUACCUCAGCAUCUACACACCGGCCCAUACCCAUGAAGGCUCUAACCUGCCGGUGAUGGUGUGGAUCCACGGUGGGGGGCUUGUUUUUGGCAUGGCUUCCAUGUAUGAUGGUUCCAUGCUGGCCGCCUUUGAGGACGUGGUAGUGGUCACCAUCCAGUACCGCCUGGGUGUCCUGGGCUUCUUCAGCACUGGAGACAAGCACGCAACCGGCAAUUGGGGCUAUCUGGACCAAGUGGCCGCACUACGCUGGGUCCGGCGGAACAUCGCCCACUUUGGAGGCAACCCUGACAGUGUCACCAUUUUUGGCGAGUCUGCGGGUGGCACGAGUGUGUCCUCGCUUGUUGUGUCCCCCAUAGCCCAAGGACUCUUCCACAGGGCCAUCAUGGAGAGUGGUGUGGCUGUGCUGCCCGGCCUCAUUGCCAACUCAGCUGAUGUUAUCUCCACGGUGGUGGCCAACCUGUCUGCGUGUGACCAGGUUGACUCUGAGGCCCUGGUGGGCUGCCUGCGGGGCAAGAGUAAAGAGGAGAUUCUUGCAAUUAACAAGCCUUUCCAGUUGAUCCCUGGUGUGGUGGACGGGGUGUUCCUGCCCAGGCACCCCCAGGAGCUGCUGGCCUCUGCUGACUUUCAGCCUGUCCCCAGCAUCAUUGGUGUCAACAAUGAUGAAUUCGGCUGGAUCAUCCCCAGUAUCGUGGGUAUCUAUGACCCCCAGAAGGAAAUGGACAGAGAGGCCUUGCAAGCUGCUCUACAGAAAAUGUUAACACUGAUGAUGUUGCCUCCUACAUUUGUGGACCUGCUGUUGGAGGAGUAUAUUGGAGACAGGAAGGAUCCCCAGACCUUCGAAGCCCAGUUCCAGGAGAUCAUGAUGGACUCCAUGUUUGUGAUCCCUGCACUCCAAGUAGCACAUUUUCAGCGUUCCCAGGGCCCUGUGUACUUCUAUGAGUUCCAGCAUCAGCCCAGCUGGAUCAAGAACAUCAGGCCGCCACACGUGAAGGCAGAUCAUGGUGAUGAGCUUCCCUUUGUUUUUGGAAAUUUCUUCUGGGGCAACUAUGUUAAAUUCACUGAGGAGGAGGAGCAACUAAGCAGGAAGAUGAUGAAGUACUGGGCCAACUUUGCUCGAAACGGGAAUCCCAAUGGCGAGGGUCUGCCCCACUGGCCGCUGUUCGACCAGGAGGAGCGAUACCUGCAGCUGAACCUACAGCCUGCAGUGGGCCGGGCUCUGAAGGCCCACAGGCUCCAGUUCUGGAAGAAGGUGCUGCCCGGAAAGAUCCAGAAACUCGAGGAGGCUGGAGAGAGACACACAGAGCUGUAGCUUUCUGUGCCAGGGACAAGGGGUGGGCUCGCUUACAGGUGAGGGUCAGCCUGCUGUGUCCACACACACCCACUGAGGAGAAACAAGUUGAUUCCUUCCUUCAUAUGGCCAUUCUUUCAUUCUUCUGUGCAUCCAUUCAGAAAGCAUUUAUUAAAAACUUACUCAGGAAUAAUGGCUCAUACCUGUAAUCCCAGCUAUUGAGGAGGCCGAGAUGACAGGAUGGCUUGAGGCCAGAGGUUUGAGACCAGCCAGGGCAACACAGUGAGAUCCCUUCCCA